AUGACCUCCUCUCAUAUACUGCUCGUAGCAGGAGCUGUAUCAUACGAUUACCYCGUGUAUCCUCAGCCAUCCAUGGAUUUCCCGGACGAGGGCGAUGAUGCUUCCCAGCUCGUCAUCCGUACAGGCGCAGCUGAUCUGGUGGCUCAGCUUCUCACCAAUGCUGCACCUACUUGGGGGUUUGAAGUGAUAGGUCCAACCUUACAGCCGCCCAUGUCGAAUUGUCUUAAACACAAUGCAUCCUCCGUUGUUGAUCUGACGGAUUCCCUCCGCGUUGUAAGGAAGAGGGUUGUUGGGAAAUCGCCUGUGUGGCACKCUCCUCCUGUUGAACAAACCAGUUCAACAAAAUCAAGCACAGUUGUCAUUUCUGGUUCUGGGGAAGCUCUUCAAGACGUAGAACCUGCUCUGGACUUUCUCCAGCGCGUACGCCCGAAAUACAUCAUUCAUCAUAUGACAAAACCCCUCGCACGAGGACGACUCUGGGACAUCAUCCGAGACGGUCCAAAAACCCGCGACGGAAUCCCCGAUCCAGAUCAUCUCGCAGUCAUCAUCGACGCGGAAGAUCUCCGAGCAGAAGGCAUAUCACUAAGUCGAGGACUAUCCUGGGAGCACACAGCAGAAGACUUUGUGCGUAAUUUGGGCUCCAACGGUCGGCUGGAUACGCUUGUGACGUGUCCAAAUCUCAUCGUUCGGUUCGGAAACGAAGGGGUCAUUCAUCAUCGCGGACGAGACGCCGUGAAUCCCAAAAUAUACUUUCAUCCGCGGGAUAUCGAGAACGGUAGUCAGGCGGCUAGUAACAGUAACAGUAUGAUCGGACAGGCUUCAGCAUUCACAGCAGGAUUUACCCUCGGAUUUGCAAAAGCAUCUCCACCGGAUGUGGACAUGGCAGUCCGACUUGGUAUCUCUGCCGCGCAAAACAUGGACAGCAUCGGUUUCGUUAAGAAUUCGACCGAUGAGUCGCCAGACUACCCUGUUGAUGCCGUGGUACAAGGCCUAACUCCUGAGAGUAGACUGUCGGUCGUCAGCAUCCCAUCCGGUCGUAUCAGUUCUGGCGACAGCUGGAACAUCUUCGAAGCCUUGACGGGAGACCCAGCCGAAGUCGCACGACAGAUUGUUACCAACGGACCCGAGAAUGCGCUUGCAAGAUGUCCUGCACAGCAAUUUGGAGAUCUGUUGAGCAUCCAAAGAAAUGAGCAAGAAAGUCUGCGGGCUGUGGUAGAUGCAGUUCAAGAGCGCAUCCGAUCCGAUGCUGCAAAACCCACGUCGGUUGGCAUCGUGGGCCCUCCAGGAUCUGGCAAGAAGUUCAUGGCAUCGAACUUGACGAAGCACUUUUGCAAGAAUACAGAAGUCAAGCGAUUGGUGUACAAUGCGCAGAUUUUACGCUCAGAAGACUUGAUUGCUCUCUGCCACACGAUUCGCGACAGCUCAGGUUUGGCCAUCGUCACCUUUGAGAAUUUCGAAGCGAUCAUGGAGCCUCGGAAUGAGCUUCUCAACGAUUUCUUGGUCCUGAUUCGAGAUGGUCUCUUUUCAGACAGGGGACAUUCUCACCACAUCGGCAACCCUUUAUUCAUCUUUUUGCUGAAUCAAGAGACUUCCCCAUCCACAAUAGGCGGAGCACCAACGCCAACUGCCACAGACUUUCACUCCAAUCGCUCAAUCGACGACUCCAUACUAUUGGACUAUCUGCACGGGGUUGUGCGAGUGGCAGGUCCAAAUCAAGCGGGACUGGAUGAUAAAAUGUUCCCAGUGCGCCGCGCUAUGAUGCUGCGACACAUGCUACUGCAGAAAUUCCCACAUCUCGAGAAGAACGGCACGAUCAAGAUUGACGACGCUGUCCUCCAUGCCCUUCUCCUCGUACCAGCCUACAAGCACGGUUUGAGAAGUUUGGACAAGAUUCUCAGCACAAGUCGUCUAUCAGGAAGGACAAAAUUCGAAAUCAGCGCACUACCCCCCGAGGAGUUCAUCCAGCUACACGUAGACGGAAGAACCUUCAUGAGUUUCCUCCGCUCUCCCAAACUCCCCGCAUCCCUCCGUGAGAAACUCGCACUCGGUCUCUUCGAAUCCUACAAAAAGAAACGCCGAGAAAUGGCACGAACGCCCUCAGAAAUCGAAACUCUAGAAUCCGACCCUUCAAUGUACGAUUGGGAUGAACUAGCCCCCGAACUCAAAGAAUCCACUCGCGCCCAAGCGGAUGAUAUUCCCAGGAAAUUGCGUGCUGUAAGUUGCUUCAUGUUGGAUUCAGACCGUACGGAUCCCCUUGUACAUGUUCCUGCGUUUACGACUGAGGAACUCGAUAUGCUUUCGGAAAUGGAACAUGAGAGAUUUAAUGCGGAGAGAUUGCAGCGACAAUGGCGAAURGGACCGAGGAAUUCUGGGCAGAGGACUACGCCGUUUUUGGUUCCGUGGAGGGAUCUUACGCAGGAUUGGAAGGAUGUUGAUAGAGUGAUGGUUGAAUGUGUACCUCGCGUGCUUGCUACUGCUGGCUGGAAGAUCUACCGGAUGCAGGAAACCAAGUAG